UUUCUUCAAACGCAUAGCUCUGUAAGUUUUACUGGAUGUGAUUGGCUGUCUCAGGAUGUUCUAGUAUAUAAAUGGCAUCCAUGUUAGAGAUGAAGUAGAUUUCUUUCCAUCCCUGAGGAGACAUAUCUUAAGUUUCUCUCUGCACAAGGAAAAAAGGAAUAAUCAUUAUGAAGCUCUUGGUGUUUAUGAUGUGCCUGCUGGUCACUACCUUGGCUGCUCCUGUUCCUGAGAGUGAAAGCAAUGAGGAAAAAGUUGCAGCACAUGCUAAUGAGGCCCUGAGGUGGAUGGAGAUGUACAGGCUUUACCAGCAGCAGGGAGUAGUUGGAAACCCCUUCCUGCCUGCUGCUGAUGCUCCUGCAGAUCCAGCUGCGGCAACAGCGGUGGAUGCUGCACCAGCCCAGUCAGCUGAUGUCGCCCCUCCAGCUCCCGUGGCUGCUGGAGACGCAUCAGAGGAGGAGACAGAGGAUGACAAUCCUGCCCCCAAAGCUGCAUCACCUGGUGCUCCUGCUCCCCCCCUAAACUCUGAUGAGGUAGAGGAGGCAGAGGAAGUGGAGGCAGCUGAGGCUGCAGCAGCAGAGCCGGCAGCUGCUGUUGAGCCAGCCGACGCUGCACCAGUAGAUGCUGCAGUUGUGGAUGUGCCUCCUGCUGAUGUGGUUCCUGUUGACGUUGCCACUGCAGCUCCUGAGGUGGCUGUCGAUGGGGUGGCCCCUGCCGCAGCUGAUGUCCCUGCUGCUCUUGAUGCCGGUGCUGCUGAUGCCGGUGCUGCCCCACUGGCAGCUGAGAUUGACACAACUGGUGUGGCAGCAGAUCCUCCUGCAGUGUAGUUAUCUUACUCUUAUUCCCAGCCUAAGUGCUUUUGAUAGCGAUAGCUGGAAACAAGCAAUGGGAUGUGUAUGUAAGUGCAAAAGGUUGAAAAAGCUGUGGCAUAUUGAAUUGAGACUGAAGAAAAAGCUAUUCAAGUGUGUUU